CAGUUUUCAGUUUUCCUCGAGCGCUCAACCGAGGCGGUUGUCCAUCGGUUCGCAGGAGCACUUUGCCACUCUUCGGGGCAUUACAAGUGGCCGAAAUCGUGAACGCAACUGACACCGAGCAUCCAGAAGCGAUUGAUCAGCCGCCGGUUCAUCUGAUCGAUAAUGUGACUUGAAUUACUCAGUGCAAUCAGUUUGUCACGCAGCUAAAAAUAUAAAAAAAAAAAAUAUUUAUAAAAGAAAGAAAAACCAAAUUAAUAACAUCAAAUAACGUGCAAUGAAAGUGAACGAGCGUCUCCUCUCACAGCGUUUGUAGUGCACUUAUAAAGUAUCCAAUUAAAUGGGACUCCGGCUCCGGCUGCGGCUUCUCAGACAACAAUAACAGAAAAAUACCUGCCCGGGGGCAAUAAAAAUAAUAGCAGCUUUGUGUCAAUAAAACAAUGCGAAAUGUUUUGAUAUGAAAGCGGAGGACUGCGCAGGAAAGCGAUUGCAUUAAGUAAGUAAACAGUGCGACGGGGAGGACCUUUCUCCUGGAGGACCAUCAUUGAGGACCCUCCGUCAGGAACCCUUCACCUUCAACCGGUUCAGGUGUACGCCUCAGGGAGCAGUCAGGGAUGCGGGAAGUGGGAACCACGGACGAUUUGCAUAGAUCAGUCAAGGACCGGGUAAUGGAUAAAUGCUUUCACGCUAAACACCUCGAUGGCACUGCUAAAUAAAGAGGACAAAUAAGUAUCUGACAGUCUCAAUAAAUAGUGGCUUCUAUUGGCUGGCAGGGUGUUUUGACGUCAGCGGGAGUCCUUUCGGGGGUCUCACCCAUUCUUGACACCCUCCCGUCCCCCAGCGUAUAUUUGCCGAAUGCAAAUGAAAUAUUAUUGCACUGAACAUUCACAUGCACAUUACACAUACGCCAUGUUGGCCGCAAAUUGCAACAAAUGUUCAACGGAAGUCGGAUGCUGGUGCAGUGUGGGCGGUCGAAUGAAUUUUGACGGAGCUCAGAAUUUUUUCUUUCUUACUAUUUUUUUUGUGUUUUUUUGGUGAGCUGUACAUGGUAACAAAAAAGGAAAAUCACAUUCCAAACGCAUUCCGAAAAAGUCGGAAAAUAUUUCGGCUGGCCUUGCAAGUGUCACACUUGAAGUGCCCUUCUGGCUUUUCCGAAAAACAUCUCUUAAUAACGAGAAUGUUAAAUGAGGCUUGGUCGAUUAAAGCGGAAUAAGGUGAAGGCCAAACAGCUGGCCAAGAGCUGGAAAAUAUCUAAAAAAUGAGCAAUGAGGCAGCAUAAAUACGAAACUAUGUAGACCAGAGCUGACAAAUUUCCCUCUGUCCUUUUUUCAUUGGCCAGACCAAUAAAAUUUCUUGAAAGAAUUUUAUGUCGGAAAAUAGGUUUCUAAGCUUUAAUAAAGAAAGAAAUAAAAGCUUGAUUUUGACGAUAUAAAAAUACCAGCUAUAAGUCAAAUGAUAAUAUCUGAAUAAGACACAACACAUUAGCCGUAAACACAAAAAUUAUAUAAACGAAUUCAAAGCGUACUGAGUGAGAUUAAUAAUUCAAUAAAUAUGUUUUCAGAUUGUUCAAUAAUUGAGGCUCUUGCUGCGGUUUUUUCCGAAACACUAUCUUGUUUUUGGCUACAUACUACGCGGCACUGGCGUAUACAAAGAUUAUUCUGCUCCAUUGUUUGGGUUGAACUUUUAGUGUGAAAUAAAUCUUCCACGAACACUAACAUCAGUGAUACAGAUUUAUCUAAUGCCGGAGAUGAGUGCCCCUCUGAUUGAUGACCCAUUCCGCCGAGAGCGGCGGAAAUCCAUUCCCCGAUCUUUCAAGUUCAGCCGGCCAAAAAGGAUGAACUUUCGGUAUCAAUUAGAAAUUCAUAAGUUUGGUCUUUUCGGCAAAGUAAUUGGAUUUGGGGCAACUCAAUUUGUAGCCUUUGAAGAAAUAGUUUACACUCGCGCCACGAUGGGCAAAAGGGUAAAACUCUGAGCUCUGAGCUGAUUGCUGCCAUUGUCAUGGAAAUGGCAGUAAAAUGGAAACGGGAAUGGAAACUGGCCAGGAACCAAGGAGAUUAGGGUGCUCCGCUCGUGCAAACUUGGCAAUUCAGUUGCGAAUUAGAUUAUCAAUCAAAUUGCCAAUAAAAACGCCAUUGCUUAUCGCGGUCAAUUGCCGAUGGGUGGUUUGCCGCCAAAGAAUGUUCCACCCCCCGAUCGCAAAACGAUUUCAGUUUUCCGACUUUUGGCUUCCACCCGGAAUCCCAGUAACAUUCUAACAAAUGAGUUCAUAAAUCUAUUUUCGCCCGAAAGCCCCCUCGAAAUACACACAUGAUUUCCAACGCCACUAAUUGAACACUUGAGAUUGGAAGUCAAUGAGGUAUACAUACAACCCUAGAUAUCGGUAGACCCAACUUGCGGCCGAAGAAAGAGGACCUUAUCUCUCGGCGAUGGGAUGACACAUUCCAUUGAGCCCGAUCGAUACCUUAACCCUGACAGACAGCCAUGGCUUUGGCAUCGCUUCCAAUUAAUCAGUUUCACCUUUGAGUACGUCACUAGGCCGGGCCAAUAUUUACACAUCAGCCGCAGCAUAAAAAGUAAAAGUACCCUUGCGCACCUCGCCCCCGGCCAGAUUGCUAUCAUGUGAGCGAUAAGCUCUUUUAUGACCAUUCCGCGUCAGCAUUAAAAGGCUUAGGGAAAUGGAAGUGCAAGCGGGGGAGGAAUCCGGGAAGGCCGAAUCUGGGUACACCCUUCCCGAGAGCCCAAGGCCCUGAGUCCCUUAUUAUCUAUCUUUAUAAUUAGAACUAGGCCGCGUUAAGUAUUCCAAAAUAGUUUGGAUUGCUUAGCCAAACAUUUAGUGCUUCAAAGCAGGUAUUCCACACCACAACAUUUGGAUUCAGUGGUUAGUAAUAAACAAAGUAAUAAACAUAUUACAUAAAACGUAGGAAAGCACCUCCUAUUAAAUAUGCCAGAAAGCAGAACUACCCUAAAAACAAGAGUCUAAUUUAAUGUUGUUCAUAAAUUAAUUAAAACUUAGUUUACAAUCUUGUGGUCCACGGAAUUUAUUACGGACUUUCCAGUUGCCGGAGAUACUUGCAGCUGAAGUUUUAAGCUAAUAUUCCAAGCUUCCCACACAGAGAUUUAAAUAUGCAAAUUGUGGUACUGAAUUUGAAUUAUUCCCUUUUUGAGGCAAACGCCGUUGCCUGCGGCUUGAUUCCGGAUUCCUAUAACCAUAACCAUACCCAUAUCCAUACCCAUUCCCGUGUUCAUUGCCAUUGCCACUCCGAUUACGAUUGCCAUUGCGAAGUGCCUUGCGUUCCACCGCCACCUAGUCUAUUGCGAUAUCAGUUUUAAUUUGGUUAUCGCACCAACACAACCGAACAGACGCUCGCCCACAAGGAGUCGCAAUCUGGAAUACUCGUAUAUAACGCACACCAUCGGACUAUCGCUAAAUAAAUAAUACUUAACGCCAAAUUAUUGUCAACAGAAGUGGCAAGAAGUGUCGAACUGCCAGCCCUUGCCAUUCGGUCUGCAGUCUCGCGUUCAGUCAACAGUCAUCCGCGUCGCUUGCUGUUUAUUCCGGCAAUAUUCCAACGAUAUUCCGACAAUAUUCCGCCGGAAUCUACGUUGCCUAUAGCCUAUAGCUGAACAUAAUUUAAUCGGAUAUCUAAUAGAGCGUCGAGUCGAGUAUCAAUCCUAUCGCCCAGGCGCACGUGGAGGUCUGUCAGUUGUGGAAAAAGUGAAAAUAGUGAAUGGUGGAAAAGUUUCGGUGAUGAAUAGUCGAAUCCGGCAGACGAAUGACUAUCAAGUUCGGAAAUGGAACGGGUAUCUCCUAGAUAUUCCAUAACAAGUGUUAGCUGGUAAGCUGUAAAUAAUCCACAAAUAAACACACAUUGAGUUAACCGGACGUGCAACUGGACACAAUGACCACAGUUGGGCCUUCUUCCUGCUCCAACAACUCCAGGGAUAUGGCAGGAUAUGGCUGGGCCUAGGCGGGCUGCUGCCGGAGAUAGCCACACUCGAUUGAGAACCCAACUGGCCGAUCCAUGGCUGUCAACUUGCAGCUGAAUAAUUUAAGCGUCAUUUAUCCAUCGCUCAUGUAUGUGGCUGCCUCCUCUCCCUCCUCCCUUCGGGGAUUGGGGCUGGGAGUGGGUGGUCUGCCGGAGAACAUAUCCAUCGUGUACGAGGAUGCGGCCAACGGGACGGGUGGAGGCAGUGGAUAUCCCAGCGGCCCGAACGGAACGGAUGCAGUGGCUCUCACCGAACCCGGGCCCACGGCUCCCGUGACCACAUUUAAUUACUACAACGAGUCGGCAGCGGCCGCCGAGUGGGCGCACUUCUACGACCUGGUGCUCUCCUGGCAGGGCAUCAUCCUGAUUGCCGUCUUUGCCACCUUCAUCGUGGUCACCGUCAUCGGGAACACCCUGGUGAUACUGGCCAUAUUGACCACUCGCCGGCUCCGCACCAUUACCAACUGCUUUGUGAUGAGCCUGGCGGUGGCCGACCUUCUCGUGGGCAUCUUCGUCAUGCCCCCCGCCGUCGCCGUCCAUCUCAUAGGCUCGUGGCAACUGGGCUGGGUGCUCUGCGACAUUUGGAUCUCCCUGGACGUGCUCCUCUGCACGGCCUCCAUUCUCAGCCUGUGCGCCAUCAGUGUGGACAGAUAUUUGGCCGUAACCAGGCCACUCACGUACUCCCGUAAACGGCGCUCGAAACGAUUGGCCCUCAUCAUGAUCCUAAUAGUCUGGCUGCUCGCGUUGGCCAUCACCUGUCCCCCCAUGCUGGGAUGGUACGAGCCAGGUCGAAGGGACCUCCGCGAGUGCCGAUACAACCAGAACGAGGGCUACGUCAUCUUCUCCGCCAUGGGCUCCUUCUUCAUACCCAUGGCAGUCAUGAUUUAUGUGUAUGCAAGAAUUUCCUGUGUCAUUGCAUCCAGGCACGACAAUAUGACCGACAUAAGUGUUCACAACAAGAAAUUCAAGCGCUACACGGCAGCGGACGUAGAGAACGAGCUGUCGGAGCAGGAGCAGCACAGCUCGGUGGGCCAGCGCCAGAGACAGGCCACCUCGAGGACCUUCUCCAACCAGACGAUAGCCAAGGAGCUGCACGACAUGAUGCUCAGCGACAGCGACAACUGUGUGCCAGUGGGCGCUGGAGGAGCAGGAGGCGCUGGAGGAGGAGGUGGUGUCACUGGCGGCACCCACUGUCAAUCCCUGCUGGCUCUUCCCUCCGGCGGAGGAGGUGCCACCAUGGGUUGCGCCAAGAAUGGGUGCUACGAACUCACACGACCCUCCUCGCUGAAGCGCGCUUCCACCGCCUCCACGACCAUUACCACAAUGACGAGUGGCAUGGGGCCGGGAAGCAGUCUCCUGGAUGCGCAGUGGCAGUCCCAGGCGCCGGCUCACACGGGACAGUCGCAGACCCACUCCCUCUCGCAGCCACCGCGAACACACAGCUUUAGGCAUUCGCAUGGGGAGCGAGAGCGGGAGAGGGAGAGACUGAGGAGCCAUCACCACCAUCCGCAUUAUCAUCACCAGGCGGGCGUGACCACCACAUCGAGCAGCGGGAACACCAGUGGAAACACCAACAGCAAAUCGCUGUCCAAUCGGAUUACGUCGCUGAAGAAGGAGAACAAGACCACCCAAACCCUUAGCAUUGUGGUGGGCGGCUUCAUCGCCUGCUGGCUCCCCUUCUUCAUCAACUAUCUGAUCACCCCUUUCCUGGCCGAGCACCAGGCCAGCCAAAUGCUGGCCAAGGCCCUCACCUGGCUGGGAUGGUUCAACAGCGCCAUCAAUCCCUUCAUCUACGCCUUCUACAGCGUCGACUUCCGGGCGGCCUUCUGGCGCCUCACCUGCAAACGCUUCUUCAGCGCCGGCCAGAAGCCGCAGUUCCCCACGAACACCAUGUCCAUCAGGCGAUAGAGUUGGACUGGACUCGCCUGGAAGGACGGCAACCCUUCGAGCCCUGAACAAAUUGCCCCCGCAUAACAUAUUAUUAACAUAUUCAUUAACUUUAGACGCGUCGGCGGCAAAAAAGGUGUGGUCCCUAAUUGCACCCACAGUCCAUGUGUAAUUGUUCUCCAGUUUCUCGUAUAGUUUAUUUCAUCGUCAGGGUUUGCUUCCGAUUCUGGAUCAUUUUGCACUUAGGAGACGAACCCCGCCCACUAGGAAUUCCACUGGUUUCAAUUGACCUUUCAGAAAUUCUAGGCCAUUACAGUAUUUUCAAAGUCUAUAGUGAAACUUCUUAACGCAGACGCUCAACUGAUUUAACAUAACAAUUGGAAUCUUUCUUGACUCAGAACACAAAUAAUAUCUCUUAUUUACUUCCAAAUUUUCCUAAGCUUCGAAAUAAACACUUCCACUGUUGCGAAAA